AUGAUCCAGGCACUGCUACAGCGCCUGGCCCGGUUCUUGGACCGCCCGUUCUUCCCUUGGAAGAAUCUAGUCUUGGGCUUUUCCGUCGGGCAAUUCUUGCUCGAAAACUGGCUCCUUUUCCGUCAAUUCGGCGUCUACCAGCGUACGGCGCGUCCCAAGGCUCUUGAACAUGAAGUAAACCAGGAGACCUUCGACAAAAGCCAGGCAUACGGUCGCGCCAAAGCCAAGUUCAGCUUCGUGUCCUCGUUCUUCGGUCAGCUUAAGUCUCUCGCAACGAUCCAGUACGGCUGGUAUCCCAAGAUCUGGGCUUUGACUGGUGUCUGGCUUGCUCGCUUCGCUCCAUCUUUCAUCUCUGGAGAAAUUGGCCACUCGCUUUUGUUCCUCUUUGCCUUCAGCCUGAUCGACACCAUCUUCAGCCUGCCCUUCACAUACUACCAGAACUUUGUGUUGGAGGAGGAGUUUGGCUUCAACAAGUUGACCGUCAAGCUAUGGAUUACGGACAUGCUCAAGGGCCAGGCUCUUGGCAUUGUUUUCGGAGUGCCUAUCAUGAGCGCUUUCCUGGCCAUCAUUCAGAAGACCGGUACCAAUUUCUUCUACUACCUCUGGAUGUUCAUGCUUGCCGUUCAGGUCUCGGCCAUCACAAUCUACCCGAUUCUCAUUGUGCCCCUCUUCAACAAGCUGUCUCCUCUUGAGCCCGGACCUCUAAAGGAGGGCGUCGAGGCGCUCGCAGCCAAGUUGAAGUUCCCUCUUACCGAACUUCAAGUCAUCGACGGGAGCAAGCGGAGCGCCCACAGCAAUGCUUAUUUCACCGGCUUGCCCUGGAAGAAGAAGAUUGUGAUCUACGACACGCUCCUCGAGAAGAGCUCCAACAAGGAGGUUGAAGCUGUUUUGGCGCACGAGCUCGGUCACUGGAGUAUGGGUCACACAACCAAGCUGCUCGGAAUCAGCCAGUUUCAUUUGUUCUACAUGUUUGCCUUGUUCUCGGUCUUUAUCAAUAACCGCUCGCUCUUCGAAUCCUUUGGCUUCCGCAACGAGCAGCCCAUUCUCAUUGGCUUCCUCUUGUUCAACGAGGUCUUGGGCCCGACUGAUUCGGUCAUCAAGCUCUUGAUGAACAUCCUGACCAGGAAAUUCGAAUUCGAAGCUGAUGCGUUUGCAGUCAAGCAAGGCUAUGCACAGGAGCUUGCCGGAUCGCUCAUCAAGCUCCAAAUCCAGAACCUCUCCGCGAUGGACGCCGACUGGAUGUAUUCCAGCUUCCACUAUUCGCACCCGAUCCUGACGGAAAGGCUGCGAGCAAUCGGCUACAAGGGCGAAAAGGCAUCAAAGACCGAUGACAGCGAGAAGCCCGCCAAGGCUGCCGACCGUGAGCUGUAA